ACCAUAUCCAUGAGUCAUUGCUAUUGGUUAAGAGUUGCCGAAACUGCGCUUACGUCAUUCAGACGCCCAACCAGACAGCCCUGGACUGGAGCACAGUCAUUCAGAUCUUGUGACGAGGAAGUAAGGUGUGAAAACAAGAGCUGGAUUCAUCUGAACCAUGGACUACCGUGUGCUCGGCGUAGUUUUACUGUCUUUUCUCUCCUGCACUAAUGCUGAGCAGGUGAAGUUUGUGGACUGCGGCUCAGAACAUGGUAAAGUUGCUGAGGUCAACAUCCAGCCCUGCCCAUCUCAGCCAUGCCAGCUUCACAAGGGACAGUCCUAUUCAGUCAAUGUAACCUUCACCAGCAAUGUUGGGAGUCAGACCAGUUCUGCUGUGGUUCACGGAGUGGUCGCUGGCCUCCCCGUCCCCUUCCCAAUUCCUCAACCAGAUGGGUGCAAGUCUGGAAUCCAGUGUCCUAUUGAACCGCAAAAAACAUAUAGCUACAUCAACCAGCUUCCCGUUAAGGACGAGUAUCCAGCAAUAAAACUGGUGGUGGAAUGGGAAUUAAGAGAUGACUCCAGCAAAGAUUUGUUUUGCAUCAAGUUCCCUGUUCAGAUUGUGAACUGAGAAGGCCAACACUGAAGCCAAAAAUGCGUACAAAGGGAAACAAUUAAGAACCGAGGCGUCUGAAUGCGUGCCUUUUCCAUGGACCUUUUCGAUUUAUGUUAGUAGAAGCAGAUUUUAUGAUUUAUUCUAAUACUUUUUUUCUAACCGUGACAGAUUUGUCGUUUUAAUGUAUGGUCUUUAACUAUGCACACAGUGCCACUCGACAGAAAUUGCCUAAUCCUAGUUUGUUUCUAAAGUUAUAUUAAUGAUUCACCAGAACGAGACGCUGACAAACAGCAGUGCUCACUGCCGGUGAUUAAAUCAAGUGUGCACUCGCUCCUGUGUGGCUAGACAGUGUUCGGAUGCGUUUAAUCAAAGUUUAUUUUAAACAACUGGUUGUGAAAUUUUUUACUGACAUUUUAAAUCGGCAUAUUUAAUAAAGACUGCAUCUUAAUAUUGAGAUUAUUUUCUUAAAACAUU